CUCUCUCUCUCUCUCCAUGUAUUUGUCUAUUUAACUUGAUGGUUAAAAUACUUUCUAGUCCUGUCUGCUGCUCCUCAGCCUUUCAAGCUAUCGCCAUACGAAGUGGAAGCACAUGUUUACAAACAUAGACAAUGGUGGAGCUCCAAACUACUGCCCCAACAGCUUCAGCGCCCCGGACACCCAGCCUCAGUUUGUUGAGUCCAGGUUCCAGGUGUCUCCUGAUGUGGCCCGUUACAACAGCGCAGAUGAAGAUAAUGUUACCCAGGUGCAUGCGUUCUACACUCAGGUGUUGAAUGAAGAGGAGCGGCAGAGGCUUUGUCAGAACAUGGCAGGAGCUCUGAAGGGAGCCCAGCUCUUCAUCCACAAAUGGAUGGUUGAGCAACUGAAGACUGUUCAUCCCGACUAUGGCAACAAGGUUCGGACCUACCUGAAUAAGUACAACGCAGAGCCCAAAAAGGUCGGGGAUGGCCUGGUCGUCGGGGUGUGGGCAUAG